AUUAUUGUGAAUGAGUCCUUUGUUCGCAGUUUUGUCAAAAAAUGUAAAGAUUUAGCAGAUUUUAUUUGAGAGAACAUGUAAGCUUCCACAGCCCUUAUGCUAUGGUCAGUAAAUUGAAGGGUGCGUCCAAACUGGCGUGUGACGGCAGGUUGCCUGUUCUUUAUCGUAUGUAAAAUUGCAUCUUAAGACAGCCCCGUUCUUAUUUCAGUCGCACCGACGUAUGAGGUAUGAAUCCACGACCGGGAUGUGCACUGAAGUGAAAGUGCGCAGGAGCAAUGAGUAGGCUGCAUUCUGAUGAUGUGGCAGGGCCUUCCUGUCUGGUUUGAGGCCCACGCUGACCCCCCCACCCCCCCCCCCCCCCCCCCCAAUACACACACACAGGCACACAGACGCACACACACGUACACAGACACGCGCACACAAAUCGCAUUGUGGGUACAGUGCCUCCACUCACUCGCCGUUCAAACUGACAGUUAGCAGCCACCGCACACGCAUGCCGCCGCUGGUGCCAUGACGGAUAGGAAUCAAGAAAUGGAACGCAGAAACGGCGUGAGCGGAAUGUCCGUGGAUGAGAAGCCUGAAGCCCCCAUGUACGUGUAUGAGUCGACGGUUCAUUGUACCAAUGUCCUCCUGUGCCUCAACGAUCAGCGGAAACAGGAUAUCCUGUGCGAUGUGACCGUGCUGGUGGAGGGAAAGGAGUUCCGUGGCCACAGGGCUGUGCUGGCCGCCUGCAGCGAGUACUUCUUGCAGGUGCUGGUGGGACAGAGCGACAAUGAGCUGGUCAUCAGCUUGCCUGAGGAGGUCACCGCCAGGGGAUUCGCCCCAUUGUUGCAGUUCGCCUACACCGCUAAGCUGCUGCUCAGCAGAGAAAACAUCCAGGAGGUGAUCCGCUGCGCCGACUUCCUGCGCGUGCACAACCUGGAGGACUCCUGCUUCCGCUUCCUGGAGGCGCAGCUGCGCAGCGAGGAGGACGGCCUGGCGAGGUGGCGCAAGGUGGCGGCGCGCCCGCCCUCGUCCGCCGCCCUGGACGACGACAACUCGGAGGACGAGAGCAUGGAGCCCGAGGCGGUCCGGGCGGUCUCUCCGCGGGCCCGGCUGCGCCCGGACGCCAUUGGCCCCUCCCGGCCGCCGGACGACGAGAGGCUGGCGGUGGCCGUCCCCGGGGACGCCGACGCCGACGGACAGCCGGACUUCGACAAGCACGGGGCCUCGGACCUGCCCCGGUGCCCCAAGUACAGGAAGUACCAGCGGGCCUGUGCCAAGCACAACAACAACACCUCCUCACACAGCAGUACCUCAGGUUUUCCAAGCACAUUCAAGGAGGCGGACGGCGGUGGCGGCGGCGGUGGCGGCGGCGGCGGCGUCGCCCGCGGCAACCGCGGCCCGGCCCGGCAGGCGGUGGCCCACAUCAAGGCGGAGCCGCGGGAGGAGGAGCCCGCCUCCCUAAGCCUGUCGGGCGACGAGCAGGACCCCCGGGAGAAGGACGGGGUGUCGGAGAUGGAGACGGACGGCGGGGACCACAGCCCCAUGUCCGUGGACCGGCCCAAGGGCGGCGCCAGGAACCCCACCUGCCUCCGCUCCUUCUUCAGCGUCGACCUCACCGCCCUGCCCAACGCCUCCCAUCAGCUGCUGGCCAACAGCCGGCUCGCCUGCCCCCAAGACAAAGGAACCACUCAGGGUGACCACAAAAAGGACUACGGGCCUUUCCCCGGGGAGCUGGGCCUGCCCUCCGCCACGCCCCUCAAAGAAACGGACGGGUUCCCGCCCAGGCUGUCGCUCAAGUCGGCCUCCUGCGAUGGGGUCUGCAAGCAGGAGGCGGAGCUGGACCGCCGCAGCGUCAUAUUCUCCUCGGGGGCGUGCGACCGGCUGGGGGGGGCCCCGGCGCACUCCUACCCCGGGGGCACCUCCCUGGACAAGGAGCUGUCCGAACAGACGCCAAAGGGCCUGUGGGCGGGGGCCAGCCAGUCCCUCCCCUGCUCGCAGGCCUACUCGCCCGGCGCCGCCCCCUCCGAGCCCCCCGCGCAGUGCCGCUCCCGCCCCGCCAACACCAGCUGCCCCGUGCCCAUCAAGGUGUGCCCCCGCUCGCCGCCCUCGGAGACCCGCACCCGGACGUCCAGCUCCUGCUCCUCGUACUCCUACGCCGAGGACGGGAGCGGGGGGUCGCCGUGCAGCCUGCCCCAGUUCGAGUUCUCCUCCUCCCCCUGCUCCAACGCCACGCGCUGCCUGGCCAUGGACCAGCAGGACCAGGGCGGGCCCGGGGACGCCCUCUUCGGACCGGCGCGCCCCAAGAUCAAGUGCGAGCAGUCGUACGGCACCAACUCCAGCGACGAGUCGGGCUCCUUCUCCGAGGGCGACAGCGAGUCCUGCCACGUCCAGGAACAAGGGCCAGAGGUCAAACUUCCUUUCCCUGUCGAUCAAAUCACGAAUCUUCCAAGGAACGACUUCCAAAUGAUGGUAAAAAUGCACAAACUGACCUCAGAGCAGCUGGAGUUCAUCCACGACGUCCGGCGCCGAAGCAAGAACCGUAUCGCCGCCCAACGUUGCCGCAAGAGGAAGCUGGACUGCAUCCUGAACCUGGAGUGCGAGAUCCACAAACUGGUCUGCGAGAAGGAGAAGCUGCUAACGGAGCGGAACCAGCUGAAGGCCUGCAUGGGGGAGCUGCUGGAGAACUUCUCCUGCCUGUCCCAGGAGGUGUGCCGGGACGUCCAGCUGAGCCCCGAGCAGGUCCAGUCCCUGCACCGCUGCUGCCCCGUCCUGCGGCCCGGCGACCCCCCCGCCACCGCCGCCGCCGCCGCCGCCAGCCCCCCCGCCUCCGCCUCCACCACCAGCAUCGACCUCACCACCCCCAGCUCCGGCUCGCCCACCCCGGAGCCCGUCAGAGCCCUCAAGUCCCCCCGCGCCUCGGAGGGCGAGCCCGGCUCCGCCCACUGGGGGGCGGGCAACGGGCCGGACAGCCUGGGGGGGCUGGGGCUGGGGCUGGGGCUGGGGCAGGACCCCGGGGCUUACCUAGAGUCAGGGCUCUCUUUCGAUCAGUGCAACCAGACGGUGACUGUGGAUUUCUGCCAGGAAAUGACUGAGAAAUGUACAACCGAUGAACAGCCCAGGAAGGACUGCACCUAGCGGCGGCGGGCAUCUUUCGCUGUUAGUUUUUAUUGUUUUUUUUAUUAAUUAUUUAAUUUGUUUUUUGUUUUGUUUUAUUUUUUUUGUUUGUUUUUUUUUUUUCAGAAAAACCUCCAACUCGGGGUUGGUGAGUCGGUCAGCUUCUGCCAGUGCUCUUCGUAACGAUUUGUUUUUCACUUUCGUUGUCUUUUUUUAAAGGUCGACACUACAGUUGUCUUAACAGCAGCAAUACUGUUCUCUGAGUAUGCUCUUCGAAUCCGUGACAGAGUGGGAACCAUUCACAAAGACACCCACCAUGGUGCUACCCCACGCCCCCCCCCUCCCCAGUAACCUCUUCAGUGGAAACACUGUCCUUAUGUAUUACAGUCCAUUAUUCACAGCAGGGACGAGCAGACCACAUCUUAGAUCUCAAACCUCUAUGGACCUAAUGUUAAUAGAAUAUCAGUUUCUUUCUCUCUCUCUUUCUCUCUGUCUCUCACUCUCUUGCUCUCUCUCACUCUCUCUUUCUCUCUCUCUCUCUCUCUCUCACUCUCUCUUUCUCUCUCUCUCUCUCUCUUAGUGGCCCUUGUCACGGCAGUUCAGACUCAGGAAAUACUCUGAAUGUUUAAUAUUGUUCACGAGAAUAAAUAAAAUACGGAAUCUGUACAGCAAAUUUUAUACAGCAGCUAGACUGUACAUGUUCAUAUGCAAAAAAGUCUGCUGCGUCUACGCUCAUUUUUAGCAUUUCUCUACUGAAAACCCUUAGCGCAUAUUGUACAGACGUUUGUAUUUAAACAUUCCUCUUUUGCCUUCUAGAGUGCUGAAAAUAAGCAAGUAAUCAAACCAAUCUGAUCAGAGGUUACACGGCUAAGUCCCCACACGUCAGCAAUACCAUUGUCUCUGGACAUUUUAAUGGUGAAUAUUUAAGUGCUUGUUCGGUAGAUAGUGUAUUGUAUAUAAUAUGGAGCAUAGCGUCACAGCUGAAGUGUACAGGUAGCAGUGAAAGUUGCUUUUUCGUGGGGUUACAUCAAGCGCCUUUUUUGCAGAGGGAAAAUAUUAUAUUGCUGUUUCCUGUCUAGAAUAAAAAAAAGUUGUGUAUUCUUAAUCUCAGGAAAUCAGCUUGUUACACACCCACACACGUGCAUACACAUUCAUACUUACACAUUAAUGGAGCCCCUUGCAUGUACAUGGGAUGUGAACAUUGAGGACAUUGUGUGCUGUUAACCAGUGGUUCAAACUGCAUUGAACCCGUUGCUUCCUGUUGAAGAUUCUUAUUAAAUGUGAAAACAGCUUGUGAUGGCAGUUGUAUUGCGGAGUAAUGUUUUAUAAGGAAAUGUUUUGGUUUUUUUUUCUCAUCAGUAUUUAAAGAUGACUUGUAUGUGUUGAGACAUUCAUUGCCACUUUUAUGAAUAUCUUCAGUGUUACAUUCUGGUGUUGAAGAGUAUGAACAAAUGUGUACACUGAAGAAUAAACAGUCCAGUUUAUGCUCUUUCAGAAAAAUAACUGAGGCCUACUCUGUUUAAAUGCAACGUAAAGAAGUUCUCUUGGAAUCCCCUACUCUAACUGGUCUAAUUUCCAGCACUUUCUUUUUCUGCAAGAGGCACUCAUGAUACAGGUUAGCACUUCGAGAGGGUAUAUUUUAGAUUCGGAAACCCCGAGAAAUCUGUAAGCACUUAGUUUGGCACUUAAAGUGCACUUCCAAAAAACAAAUUUGUUUUUGUAUUUUAAUUUUUUUUUCCUUAUAAAGAAAAAUUAGGCUAAAUAUAUAGCCGAUUUUAAUCGCAAAAAAGAAGCCCAACCUUAAUCCGCAAUCAGUGGAAAUGUUUGAUCUUUGUAUUAGUAUUUGUUUAAUACUCUAAUAAGCUAAGUCAGAUAUCAGUUUAAUAUCCAUGUGAUAGUAUAGUAGAUGUCGUUUAUAAAAGGAUGGUGUAACAGUUACAUGGAAUAGUCAUAUAAUUGCCCUAAUUGUACAUUUUGUCGAGAACAUAUAUGAUGGGAUUGCAUGUUGCCUGUAAAAUUGAUUUACUUCGUCUUGUUGUUUGCCUCUAGCGCUUUAGUCCUCAGCUAAAAAAAAAAAAGAAAAAUUUUUCUUAUUUUCAUUUUUUAAACUAUAAUAAGAUUUCAAGUGAAAAGUGAAUUCAUUUGGUCCUCUGUUUAACUUAGCACAUAUUCAGUGCUGUGUUCAAGUCCGACAUUAAUGAAAUGUCAAUUGUUUGGUGAAUUAUCAGUGUCCAAAUACAUUAUCAGUUGUAACAAGUGACUUAGAUACAAAAGUGAAAACAAAGCUUUACUCAUAAUUUGUCCUUUGUACAGAACAGUGUGCUGUAUCGGGGAACAGAAAAUAAUUGUGAUUAUAGAGUGUACGGUUAUAUAUGGUUUAUCGUAAUAAAUGUUGUACUAGUGCUGAAGGCGAGAGAGCUCAACCUGUCACCAUUUGGUGCAAGCCCCAUAGAAACCCACAAGAAAAAAACUGUUCUGGCUGGACGAGUUUGACCUCAUUCCAACGGUUAUCAAGCCACAAGAGCUGGCAUUGCAGCUGUUUGUGUGUGUGUGUGUGUGCGUGUGUGUGUGUGUGUGCCUGUGCACGUGUGGACCUGUUAUGCAUCUGAGAAAGUGUGCAUGAGUGAAUCCGAACUGUUGGAUUAGGCAUAUCCACACAGGAAGUGGACAUUUGUUGUGAACCAUGUUUGCUUGGAGCGUGCAGAGCACACAAGCGGGCUUCCCAGUUAAGACCUGACCACAGUCUCCAAAUUAGUGGUGUCCUGUUCUGACUUUCAGAAUGUAAGGUUCAUAUGCAUACAAUUUGCUAUAACGCAGAAGUGACUGAAAUUAAUACAACGGAUGUAAGUUUAAAGGGAGACUAAAGAAAGAUAAGGUUUUUCUCUUUCGCCUUUUGUGCAAAAUAAAUGUGGAAAAAAGCUAAGUUAAGAUGUGAUGUUUUAGAUAAAGCACACACUCAGUAAAUGUUGACAGAUUUCUAUGUCUGCCUGCAAAUUGGCUGUGAUUUUUAUAAUGCAAUUAGAGUUCGUCGGUCUUCGUCAAAUGCUAUAGAUAUGGACAUCCACAGGUAUCUCUUUUCUCGUACUACUUCUGCUACUCCUCUUAUUCUGACUAUUGCUGUUUGGAUAGCAGUGAAUGCAUAGCAUUUCUCUAUGUUACAUAAUUUCUUUCUGCUUCUUGCUCUGCUUCAUGAAGCAGUGGUUAGGUUAAUAUACACUGAAGAAUUGUGAUGAAGAGGGGGACCUUAAUUGCACUCCCUUUUUGAAAGGGGGAUCUCACAAUUGUCAACAAAGUCCAAGACAUGGCCUUUUCGCCAAGGCUGUCCUCCCUGUGCUUUCAGUUAUCGUCCUUCUUCCCGCUACUUAGCAUUGUCAUGGUUACAGGAAGUUAAGCGGAGGGCAAGGACACCGUUUCAGGGAGCCUAAGACCCUGCUUGGGCCCCCGCUUGCUAACUACACCCCUUUGCACUGUCAUUUCAAUCAUGCAUCAAUGCGCUCGAUUUUCCUACCUAAGUGAUUUUCUCUGAUGCUCUCAAACAUUGUCUCAGGGUGCCGAUGGUAUAAGAUUUUUUUUUUUUUUUUUUUUUUUUUAAAUCAAAUUCUGAUUCUGGAAAAGACUUUUCUACUGUUAACUUGUUUUUGUAAUGUAACAAGGUCGCUGUUUUUUAUUCUCUCGGAUUUAUGAAAUUAUACCCCUUCUCUGACGCUUUCUUUUUCCCUGCUUCUGAGCUGAUCCUUGCCUGUACAGACUGAAACAUUUGAUUUGCACAACACAGUUGAAUGCCUGUGUAAGGGCUACAUAAAAAAAGACUAAAUAAUUAUUUGGAGCAAUGAUAUUAAUAAUGCUUUAUAGUCAUUGAGCGAAAAACAUUUACCUAAUCGAUUUCGAAGUCUCCAGUUAACCAAAUCAAGGCAAAACCUGCAAUGUAAUCAGAUUUGUUGACUGGCUGAAGUUUAAAUUCUGUGCAGAUUUACAGAUAUCUUGCGUGUUUGUACAUUGCAAAGGAUGCAAUGACAUUUUGACUAAGUACAAAGGAGGGUCUCCUUUUUCUUAGAUCUUUGUGUUGUGCGUGUUUUAUCGUUGGUUUUUUUUUUUUGUGUGUGUGUGUGCUGCUUUUCCAGAACAUUAACACUGGCUUUCCAAUUGUUCUGUUCACAGAGGAAUGAAACUUUUUUUCAGUUUGCUCAACUUUAUACUGGUAUCCUGACUGAAUACACAAGCUGAGAUCAUUCAAAGUGGAAAAAAAAACUAAGUAUGUUUACAAAAUGAGUUGUCAUAUUGUUUGUUUUAUGAAUUUGCCAUGUACAUAGAAAUCUAAUAAGACUCAAUUGGGUGGACAGUCUAGUGUUUUUUAAACUGAAAAAAAAAUAAUUUUCAUCAAUUACUAUGCUUCUCCAUGUCCUGUCCAUUCAACUAAUGGAUAGUAACAGAGUCAAAUGGAUACAAGUGCACCUCCAAUGAUUUGCCUUAGAACUUACAGAGGCCAUACUUCACAUUCAAGUGAAAUGAGUGUAUGCAGGGCACUUCGCCCCCACCCCCAGGUUAACAGCACGGACUUUUCUCACACUUAUCUACCUGUGAAAUCCUCCAUACCUCUCACAACUGGUCAAUGACUGUAUCAGCAAACUGCAUCAGGUGUUUUUUCUACAUGCUUUUUACAAGGAUUCUAUGGAUUAUUGUAUUGGUCGAUUUCGGUGCAUCAUUUUUUUUUUUUUUUAAUGUAAUGGUUCCGCUUAUAGUCACAAGGUUGUUUUAUUUCUCACAGUUUUUUUUUUUUUUUUCUAGGCGACUGUUUUGUGUUAAUAUUGUCAAAUUGAAAUAGGUGUUAUUUGCAUAUUCUGUUACUAAGAGUCUUUACCCUUUUUAAUUUUUGAAUGCUACAUGAUCCUAAUGAAUUUAAUUACUUACACCUGUUGUAAAUACAGUAUUGUGAAUCCCAUUUUCAUUCAUUUCAAUUGCUAGUGUUAUUCAAAUUACAGAUUUUUUGUCUAGACACAAUUUCUGUUUAUGAAAUAAAGAACAUAUCAUGUAUAA